UACAAAAUGGCCAACAGCGAAUUCGCACGUUGUCAACUUGAAAAACACGGCUGGAAAUCAGGGUCAGGACUUGGCAAGAAUGAGUCUGGAAUCACAGAAGCAAUAAAAGUCAAAAUUAAAAAUGACAAAGCUGGGGUGGGUGUGGACCAUGGAGAGCAGUUCACUUUCCAAUGGUGGAAUCAUGUUUUCAAUAAAGCUGCCAAUAAUAUUGUAGUUGAAAGCAAAGAUGAUGGUGUUGAAGUUAAAUGUGGAAACAGUACACAUAUUACUACAAAGAAAGUCUCUAAAACUUUUGCUGAUAAAGACAUGCUAUAUGGUAGGUUUAUUAAGUCAUCAACAUUGAGAGAUGGUCUAGAGGAACAACAUGGUAAUGUAUCUUCAUCUGAUAGUGAUUCAUCUACAGAGAGUUGCCAUGGCAAUGAUGAAGAUGAGAAGCUAUUCAAAGCAUGUGGAGGAAUGACAGCACACAAAGCUGCUCGUCAUGGACUGAAACUGAAUGGAAAAUUGAAAAGAAUAGAAGACCAAGAAAAAUGGGUUCUACAGCAACAGAAAUUGGAAACUGUCUGCAGUAAAGCUAUUAAUAAAGAUGACAAAAGCAAUAGUAAUAACAAGUUACCAACUGAAUUCAAGGAUGAAAUAAAAAUCAGUGCAAACAAUGAAUUGGACAAAAAUAGUGGCACUAAUGAACAUGUCAAAAGAAAAAAGAAAUCUAAGAAAAGGAAGAAGAGUAUAAGUGAUGUUGAAUGUGAGAAGUCAAUAAAGAAAAAGAAAUCAAAGCGAAAAAAACAUUGAUUUUUGUACAUACAUGUAAUAGAUUCAUCCAUUUUGAUUAUUGCAUUGUGGGAUAGAUUUGGCAUUCAUUAAAUUAAAAGUUGAUAUUUGCAAAGACUGUCUAUAACAAAA